UAGCCCUUGCCCAAUUUCUAUCAUAAAAAAAAAUAGGAUCCUUCCUACUAUGCUCUGCUUCAUAUUGCAUCCUACUAUAAAAUGGCUCCUUUAACCAAACCAAUAACAUCAACAUUCACACUUUUUUCUUUAACAAUUUCAUCUUGCAAAAUGGCUACUAAAUUUUCAUCAGCAUUGCUUCUUCUUCUUUCAAUACAAAUGAGUAUCCAAUUACUAGCCUCAGCUGGUAAUUUCUACAGAGAUGUAGACAUUACUUGGGGCGAAGGACGCGGUAAAAUACAAGAAGGCGGUAGAGGCCUUGCCCUCUCUCUUGAUAAACUUUCUGGCUCUGGUUUUCAGUCCAAAAAUGAGUUUCUUUUUGGAAGGUUCGAUAUGCAACUUAAACUUGUUCCAGGAAACUCUGCUGGCACUGUCACCACUUUCUUUUUAUCUUCACAAGGAGAAGGACAUGACGAGAUUGAUUUCGAGUUCUUGGGCAAUGUCUCCGGUCAGCCUUACACAGUCCAUACCAAUGUAUAUACACAAGGAAAAGGAAACAAAGAACAACAAUUUCACCUUUGGUUCGAUCCAACUGCUGCGUUUCACACGUACUCCAUUGUCUGGAACCCUCACCGCAUAGUGUUCUUAGUAGAUAACAGUCCAAUUAGAGUAUUCAACAACCACGAAAGCAUCGGAAUUCCAUUCCCAAAGAGUCAAGCAAUGAAAGUAUACUGCAGCUUGUGGAAUGCAGAUGAAUGGGCAACACAAGGAGGCAGAGUGAAAACAGAUUGGACACUUGCACCUUUCACUGCUUAUUACAGAAACAUCAACAUUGAUGGUUGUGCAGUAUCAUCAGGUACCUCUUCGUGUAAGUCUAUCGGUUCAGCAAACAACGCGAAGCCAUGGCAGACACAUGAACUUGAUGGUAAGGGACGGAAUAGGCUCCGAUGGGUGCAGAGCAGACACAUGGUGUACAAUUACUGUGCUGAUUCUAAGAGGUUUCCUCAAGGAUUCUCUGAAGAGUGCAAGCGUUCAAGAUUUUAAGAGAUGAGAUCACUUGAGUGGUUGCUUAAUUAUGAGAUGAAAGUGUGAAGCUCGUUAUUCUUUGUACCAAUAAAUGUUUUUUGGGUUCUUGAUCUUGUUUUUGUAAUUGGUAUUCAAGUUUCUCUCUGCAAUGAAAUAGUACACUGUUACUUGUUUUCACCAUUCAUUUCA